CGGCUGUGCCUCCCCCCGCGCCGCCGGAGCCUGUGCAGCCGCAGCUGCCGUCACUGCCGGCGGCCGAGGGUGCGGGCGCGCGCUCCCCGGGCGCCUAUCGGCCCUUUGAGCCUCAGGCGCUGGGGCUGAGCCCGAGCUGGCGCCUGACGGGCUUUUCGGAGCUCAAGGGCUGAGGCUGCAAGGUCCCGCAGGAGGCGCUGCUCACGCUCCUGGCGGGACUGGCGCGGCCCCUUGUGGCUCCGGCGCCCGACUGUAGUGAUGGCGGGGACGGGGCCGCGCCGGACGGCUCCGGCCCGGCUCCCCGGGCCCUUGGGAUAGGAAUGGAUUCUUGUGUGAUUCCCUUGAGAGGAGGUCUCUCACUUGUGCAAACCACAGACUUCUUUUACCCUUUGGUUGAAGACCCUUAUAUGAUGGGACGAAUUGCCUGUGCCAACGUGCUCAGUGACCUCUAUGCCAUGGGCAUUACUGACUGUGAUAACAUGCUGAUGCUCCUUAGCAUCAGCCAAAAGAUGAACGAGGAGGAACGAGAAAAGAUCAUGCCCCUGAUGGUCAAAGGUUUUCGGGAUGCUGCUGAGGAAGGAGGAACCUCAGUGACGGGGGGACAUACUGUGAUAAACCCUUGGAUUAUUAUUGGAGGUGUUGCUACUGUGGUCUGUCAGCCUAAUGAGUUCAUCAUGCCAGACAAUGCAGUUCCUGGGGAUGUGCUUGUUUUGACCAAACCAUUAGGAACCCAGGUCGCUGUCAAUGCCCACCAGUGGCUAGAUAAUCCAGAAAGAUGGAAUAAAAUAAAGCUAGUGGUGUCCAAAGAAGACGUCGAAUUAGCCUAUCAGGAAGCAAUGUUUAACAUGGCUAUGCUGAACAGAACUGCUGCAGGAUUAAUGCACACAUUUAACGCCCAUGCAGCCACUGAUAUUACUGGCUUUGGAAUCCUGGGACACGCUUGGAACCUUGCAAAACAACAGAGGAAUGAAGUGUCCUUUGUCAUUCAUAAUCUGCCCAUUAUUGCCAAGAUGGCAGCUGUCAGUAAGGCCAGUGGACGUUUUGGGCUUCUCCAAGGAACAUCAGCAGAAACCUCAGGGGGGCUGCUAAUCUGUCUGCCUCGAGAACAAGCAGCCCGCUUCUGUGCUGAAAUCAAGUCUCCAAAAUACGGAGAGGGUCAUCAAGCAUGGAUUAUCGGCAUUGUGGAAAAAGGCAACCAGACUGCCAGGAUCAUUGACAAGCCACGAAUUAUUGAAGUGAUGCCCCGGGGAGGGGCUCUUCAUCAUGACAACUCAGAGACCUUUGGAAACAGUCAUGAAUGACUUAACUGCUUAAUGACUUGUUUUGGGGAAGGGGACAUUUCCAAAGAAACUUGGUCAAACAGUAAAAUUACUGCUAGAUUGAGCUACUUAUUCUAAUGAGACAAUUAAGGAAAAUAGCUGCUUUUACAAAUGAAUUCAUCAUAUUUCACAUUUUCUACUUUAUGGCUAAGUCUAGCCCAUAUUUCUCCUUUCUAGAAGCAAGAUGAGGCUGAUUGUUGAAGGAUUUUUUCUCAUGUUGGGUUCCUGGAAAGCUUACUUGGUUUAACAGAUUCACAUGAGAAAUGAGGUUAUGUAUUGAAGAUAAGGGACACUUUGACAACCACUUAGAUCAUUAUCGAAUAAUGCUAAAAUAAGAACUCUGCUAAACCUGUAAUGGUGUGCUCAGGAAUUAUUUACAGGAUUUUUUCCCCCCUGAAACUUCUUCCUUGUUCUGGCCAAGAAUUGAGCAACUUGUCCAGAAGUGGGGAAUAAGGCCCUGCAACAGCACAAGCCUUGGCUCUGUUUAUGAUGUUUCUCUCAUUAAAUCCCUUUGAGGGCUGGAAGAAGCUGAGCAGAUUCCCAGAGCCCAGGCCUUGCUAAAUUUAUGUAAUCUUAUCAAUUCCUGGUGACUUAAUCAAUAAAGGCUCAUUUCUCAGUA